AUGGAGCAAUGCAAAAACCAGUGAUUAAUCAAGAAGCAGAAAACAUAAUAAAAGAUUUGAUAGAAAACCUUCGAGAAUAUCUAGAUGUUAUUUUAGAUAAGCUCUGCAUUCCACUUCCAUGUGAAAAAAUGAUGCCAAAAUUAUGGCAAAAAUAUCAAAUGGCAAGUAAGUGUUGGAUAUGUGAAGAAAAAUUACACAAAUCAGGAUACAAUAAAAUUCGAGUAUUUGAUCCAGAAACUAAAAAAUAUUUAGGUGCUUCACAUAGAAAAUGCCAUGGGAAAAAGCCAAUGAUUCAAG